GGACCAUGGGGCUCCCCGGCCCCAAGGGCAGCAGUGGUGAUCCUGGCAAACCGGGGGAAGCAGGAAAUGCUGGUGUCCCUGGACAGAGGGGAGCUCCUGGGAAAGACGGCGAGGUCGGCCCUUCUGGGCCCGUGGGCCCCCCGGGCCUCGCUGGGGAGAGAGGCGAGCAGGGACCCCCUGGCCCCACCGGCUUUCAGGGGCUUCCAGGCCCCCCAGGGCCCCCCGGGGAAGGCGGAAAGCCAGGAGAUCAGGGAGUUCCUGGUGAUCCGGGGGCCGUGGGCCCACUGGGACCUCGAGGAGAGCGAGGAAACCCGGGGGAGCGAGGAGAACCGGGAAUCACCGGGCUGCCCGGCGAGAAGGGGAUGGCCGGCGGGCACGGCCCCGAUGGCCCGAAGGGCAGCCCCGGACCAGCUGGCGCCCCCGGGGACACGGGCCCGCCGGGCCUCCAAGGCAUGCCCGGGGAGCGAGGGCCGGCCGGCACGCCUGGCCCCAAGGGCGACAGGGGCGGCCUAGGAGAGAAAGGCGCUGAAGGCACAGCUGGGAACGAUGGAGCAAGAGGUCUGCCAGGCCCCCUGGGCCCCCCGGGUCCUGCAGGUCCCACUGGAGAAAAG